AUUUUUUUACAGGAUGGAAAUGGCGUAGAAGAAUCAUGGAUCCUGCGCUGUUGGCGCGCGCUAACUUCGAUUCCAAUUCCUACGACGCUGAAAGGGAAAGGGAAAGGGCUGAGGAGAGGGAACGUAUAUUUGAACGAUACACUCAGGGUCGUAGCAGAACAGAUGAUAUCGAGCCAUGGGAGGAACCAAACUUCUCACAUUACAUGAAGAAAGAUCGGUAUGGUUUCAUCCAUGAAAAGCCUAUUCCCAUGGAGCCGUUGGACAAAAAGUCGCUCGAGAAGAAGCAGAUAAAGGAGAAGAAAUGGCUACGGAUGGUGAAACAUUGGCAAGAGACCAAUCGAGUACCCGAAGAUCUUAAAUCUCGGAUCUGGAAGGGGUGCCCUGAUUCUCUGCGGGGACAGGUGUGGCCCCUCAUGCUUAGGAUUAGGGAGAUUAAACAAUCGAACGAAAAGACACACGGUCCCAAUAUGUAUGAGAGAAUGAAGGAGAAAGCACGACGAAAAUCCCCCGAUAUCAGACAGAUUGAUCUAGAUGUUCAUCGGACGUACAGAAAUCACGAGAUGUUCCAAUUGAAAUAUGGCGUCAUGCAACAGAAGCUAUUCUACGUCUUGGCAGGAUACUCCAUGUUCAACAAGGAAGUUGGUUACUGUCAGGGUAUGGCCAAUGUAGUGGCUCUAAUGCUCAUGUACCUUCACGAAGAAGAAGACGCGUUCUGGGCUCUGACCUCUCUGUUACGUGGGGAACGUUACAAAAUGAACGACUUCUUUACACCUCGACUCCCCAAGCUCUUCAGAUGCCUCGAUCAUCACAUGGUUCUUAGAAAAAAGUUCAUUCCCUCGGUACACAAGCACUUAAAGAAGCUUCAAUACGAACCGACUUUGUAUGCCACUAAAUGGUUUUUGCAAUGUUAUCUCGACAAACUACCAUUCUCUCUAGCGCUCCGAGUUUGGGAUAUCUUUCUGCUUGAAGGAGAGGAAAUAGAAACUGCCAUGGCCAUAGCUAUAUUAAGAACUUUCAAAAAAACUCUCAUCAAGCAAAACGACGAACAGCUCAACGACUUUUUGUGUCGAUUGUGUGAAAGUCAAUUGGACGAGGAGAAGAUUAUAGACAAUCUUUCGGAGGUUCUUUUAGAUCUCCGGAGACAACGAAUGUCACAUCUUCCCAAAGAGAAGAUUAUCGAAGAACUAAAACCUUCCGAGUCUUUAUCCACUCUUCCUUCUAAUAAAAAGGUUAAAAAGAAGAAAAAGAACCGUGACAUGAAUAACGGGGGGACCAACACCUUGCCCAGCAUGCACAUGACUUCAUUGUGAUAUUUAGUGUUUAUUCUUAUAGAACAAAGGUUGCCGUUUAGUAACCAAUCCGAGAUGCUCAAGUGCCGCCAACUCGCCCUGCGGCCUGUCUACGUCGUCGAGUCAGGUUUUACCGAAUUUUUAAUUAGUAAUUAUGGAAGGUUUGGACUCGGAGGAGAAGGUCAUAUUAGCACUCACAGGUCAUGUGUGAACAUAUUUGAAUUGUGAUAUCGGUAUUGCAAGGGGGUGACCAGAUGUCGCACAAGUCCAUCAUAUUAUCUAGUGUCAUCAGCAACUCAUUCUAACGCUAAUCAGAUCAAUUCAUCAAUUGGUACACACACAUUUGUUUAAUGAGCAAACAUUUAUCAUCAACAUUCCCCUCAAACAUUCCAACAUUUGUGGACACAGGACAAUACCCGAUCUCUACUAAAAUGUUUGAUUAUAACCGAGAGAAAGUAGGACAGCGGGGGUAAGUUUUAACUCAACAUCAAUCUCAUCACAGAUAGUGGUGCGUAACACGAACCACUUUACCCCGGUGUACGAGACGACGGUGUAGUGAGCGCGUGCCCACUCCCCGGGCCGCGCCGCGCACCCCGACUAACGUGAGUAUUGCUCGUAUCGUGCUUCCUUCUAAUUAUCUGCAUGCUAUCUCCCCGGACUUAUUUAAACACUUUAUAAGACACUUUGAGAAUAAAAAACACUUGCUCGUCGCGUAUCUUGUGAUACUCAGUCCAUGACUGUUUUGCCCGCCAACUCUCUGCCUUGCUCUGACUAAAUGCACUGAAACAGGAAACAUGAAUGUAGGGAUAUCUGGUCGCAUCAUGUAUAUAUUUACUCGUCGUAUUUCGUACAUGAUAAUUGACAUGCUAAUCUCUAAUUAUAUGCAAUAUGCAUGUAUAAAUCAUAAUUGUUAAGUAUAAUUAGUAUGUGCUUGCCUCACUAAUUCGCAUACACACACGGCUGAUGAAUCUUGCCAAUCAGGGAUAUGCUGCUUGCCGUUAUAAUUGGUAGAAUAAUAUGUCUAAUUGUAUAGUUUAGUUGUUUCAAUUGGGUUGAUGCGUACAUAUAAUCGUUCUGCAGAAAGUUACAAUUAUUAUACGGUGGAGAAGUUUCGUUUUCUUUCACACACUAACCUUAUUACAUGUUCCCAGUCUGACACACUUACCUUAUUACAUGUUCCCAGUCUAAAGCAAUAUCUUAUCUCUCGGAAUAUUGUUUCUCAAACUAUAUCAAACUUAACAUCUUAUUGUUUUAUCGAGAAACAACACCUCUAAAGCAAUACAUGUUCAACAUCAUGGUUUUUAAAAUAUCUCACCUCUCCAGCAAGUAUCUGUAAUGCCAAAAUGACGUCUCCAGCAAUAUUUUACCAUUUCUAAAAUGUCUCUCUUAACACUAAAACAUGAUGUCUCGUCCAACACUAUUUCAAAAUGUCUCAAGCAACAUGUGUCGUUGCACACCACAACUGUUUCCAUACCAAUGUCUCAGUACCAAUGUGUCUCACAUUAAGUGUCUGGCUGUCUCCGAAUGGUCCGGGAGGGACAGCAUGCAGAUGCCAAAUGAAUGAAGCAUGAUAUGUGUAGUACUCUUCCUACUACCACCCUCUCUAAAUAUAUUUCACAUACUGACAACUAACAUUAAUUACACUUUAGAUAUCGGCACCUAGAGCUAAACGACCCUUGACAAGACAGUGACACACUCUUCUGACUUGCAACAUCUAGUUUUAUUAGGUUCACACCCCUUUUACACCACCCGGUCCUCCUUGAAGGGAAAGAGAAAACGAGAAAUGAGGAGACAAUAAUCCCGUAUAAUUGCCACGUGCUUGUGUGCAUGUACGCGUGCAGUGUGCACGGCAUAACGUGCAUACUGCAUGUGCACUUAUGUGAGCAUGUGGCGAUUGUUUGGAGACUUAUUCUAUUGUUUCAUAUUAUAUAUUGUAUGUUGAAUUCUUUGUAAAUUAUUUUAUUGAUCCACCGUGUCUGCCCCGGAUGUUUUAACGUUAAUUUUCUACACUUAAUGGUGUGUUGGCACUGUGUUUGGUACGAUUUCUCACGCGUUAUCUUUCUCGCGCGUUACAGCAUGUGAUGUAUCACGCGUUACAUUUUACGUUUUAGCGUGACCUAUCACGCGUUACACGUCACGUGUCGUAGUAUGUGAGAAGUGAGAACGUCCCUUACCGCUCAACAUUUAGGAAUUGUUCACAGAAGAAUUUAAGAGCCGCGUAGGUUUGAGCUAUGUUUAGGUUCUUAGAGAGGUCUUCUUUUAUUUUAUGUUUUUACUCAAUGCAAAUAAUAUGCAGGUGAUAAUGUUAAUCAUUAUAGUACAAUUUAAUCACUUUGUUUGUGCUCCGCUUUAUAAGAGUCGUCACCACGGAUCAUUAUCAUUAUUAGCGAUUACAAGGGUCACUUCGUAGCGAUUAUAUAUUGAAAAAGCACAAGUUUGUAAUGUUUCUUGGUUAAUUGUGAAGCGCCGAAUUAGCGAUGUACCCUGUGUAAUAGAUAUGUUUUCUAAUGACUAAUAUACUAGCAGCAUGUUAUCGAGUUGCGCUUAAACGAAACAUUUUCAAAAAUGCAAAAUAUUUGAUAAUUAGCUGGUGGGCUACAAUGUUUGAAAAUUGUACCCGAUAAAUUUAACAGUUAAAACUAAAAUGUUAAAAGGCAAAAAAUAGUGUUGAUAAUGAGUGCUAUUUAUUGUUUAAUAGUCCGAUUUAUUGUUUAAGGGAGGG